ACCCUGUACCAUCUUCAGUCACCUAUUGGCUGUCUCGUAAUUUCGGCGUCGUUAAACUUUGUCUCGGACACAGUCCUUACCAGUCAAACAAUGCUCUGUAGAUAAACGACCCCAAAUAAAAUGGUGGGAUAACUUAUUUUACGACAUACCCUCGUCGUCUUCUCUGCUCAUCUCUCGCCACCGCCGUCAUAAUUAUCGUCUUCUUUCUCAGUCGUCUUUGCGUCGUUGUUCAUAUUGUACGUUGCCGUAGUUCGUCUCCUUCCAGUUAAUCCAACCGUUUACAAAACACAGCAUUGGAUUAUCCAUAAUUCAAUCCAGUCCAAUCCUGUGUGCUCCUGAGAUUCAUAGUAUUGGUCAUGGCUAUGGAGACUGCCCACCGACUCUCAUUCCGUCUCCUUCCACUACUUCAAUCUGAAAAGUGCCUAAAACCCGGCAUUUUUAACCCGAUAUUCAGAAAAUCCCGAGUACCCAUCUUGGCUCAUAUUCCCCAGGAACUGCAAUUAAAUACAAUCUUCAUGACCCAGAGAACUUACAGUCGUGCGUCCCCAUCAAUUGCCAGAGCAGGUUGGCUUUUGGGUCUUGGAGAAAAGAAGAAGACAAGCUUGCCCGAUAUAGUUAAAGCGGGUGACCCGGUUUUGCACGAACCGGCGAAAGAAGUUGAGCUCGGAGAAAUUGGGUCAGAUAAGAUUCAGAAGAUAAUUGAUGAUAUGAUUGCGGCAAUGAGGAAGGCUCCUGGAGUUGGUCUUGCGGCUCCACAGAUUGGAGUACCCUUAAGGAUAGUAGUUUUGGAAGAUACAAAGGAAUACAUUGGUUAUGCACCCAAGGACGAGACUAAAGCACAAGACAGACGCCCUUUUGAUCUUCUGGUGAUUAUUAACCCGAAGCUGAAAAAGAAAAGCAACAGGACUGCAAUGUUUUUUGAAGGGUGCUUAAGUGUCGAUGGAUUUAGAGCGAUGGUGGAGAGAUGCCUUGAUGUUGAAGUUGCUGGCUUAGACCGUUAUGGCAACCCCAUCAAAAUAGAUGCUUCAGGCUGGCAGGCUCGUAUUUUACAACACGAGUGUGAUCAUUUGGAGGGAACUAUUUAUGUUGAUACAAUGGUACCUAGAACAUUCAGAACUGUAGAAAACUUGGAUUUACCUCUAGCAGAUGGAUGCCCCAAGCUUGGAGUCCGCUAGCUUAUUGAGUUGAGAGCUGGAUAAUGUGAUGCAAGGGAUAAAGAUUGAGGUUGACAUGCAUUUUGCUGGGAUUCUUGUACUGCUUCUUUAUGCAAGUUUGUACUGUAGUAAAUCAAAGUUCAUUUACUCUCCAGAAAGGUCUAACAUCAUUCUAAAAGAGGCAUUUUCCCCUACUUUGAGUGUACCUCUGCUCAACUUUGAGUGUCAGUUUUCAGUUAUGAUUAACCAGAAAAAGAUCUGAAUGUUUUGGUUACAUUCAGCCUCAUUUUUGUAAUUGGGAUAAUUUUAUUAAUUUAUCUGAAUCAUAAUGAUAUAUAAAAGAGGCAUUUUUCCCCUG